ACUAUAGUAUUCUGCACUAGAAGAAUAACCAGCCCAAGAACUCCCUUGCUUUAUGGAGUAAGAAGCAUUGUUCUUAACUCUGAAUCCUCUCUGUGUGUUUUUGGCAGAGUGAAGAUGAGUGGUGAAGAGAUUCUUGUGUGUGCAGUACAACUUGGAAAAAAUUUCUGCCUCUAUUUUGCAGACGAUGAUGGGCUGGAAUGUGAUGCCUUUUGUAAGGAAAAAAUUCUCCACCGAGUCCUUCGAAAUGUAAAUAGCCAGCUGCUUGUGGUUCGACCAGAUUUAAACAUGGCAGCUUUUGAAGAUGUGACAGAUCAGGAGAUGAAAUCUGGCAAUGGAAUGCACUUCAACAUUCACUAUUACAAAACUACCACACCUCUAGCAGGGAUGCCUGUUGCAUUCAGCGUCCAGGUAGAAGAUAAAAGUUAUUACAUGUGUUGCGAGAAAGAAUGUGGAAAAAUGAUAGUUCGAUUUAGGGAGGGAGAAGUUCCCAAAGAAAUUCCUGGUGAAAGUAAUGUAAUCUUUUUCAAAAAGACAUUUACAUCUUGUAGCUCCAGAGCAUUCAAGUUUGAAUACUCACUAGAACGAGGAAUGUUCUUGGCCUUUGAGGAAGAAGGCUGCUUAAGAAAAUUAAUUCUAAAGAAACUGUCAAGAGAAGAUGAAGUGGAUGAAACCACGAAGAUAAGUUUCUGACUUCAGUCAGAAUCUAUGAUGUACUUCAACAGUUUUAAAAUACAUUUUGGCUUUUUAUAAAAGAAACCUUAUUCUUUCUUUGUCUAAUGCAAGUCAGUUUUAUGUUUUCAGCUACUAUAUGUCACCACAAAAACUAGCAUCUUACAAAGGGAAAUAAAUUAAAAUUCUUGGCAAAAAGCAGCAGAAGAAUGUAUUCCAGUCAGAUAGAAGGGAAGAUAAUUGCACAAUGAUGAAACACAAAUUUGCAUACCUAUGUAGUCUGGUAUAGUUUGAUCCCUAAAGUCUUUAUUGCCUGCUCAUCAAACAACUUUUGAAUUAGGUGUCUCAUAGAUGAAGUAGAUCUAUUUUGGGGAGGGAGAGAAAAACGCUUAAAAUAACAGAUUUCAUAAACAGAUGAUGCACCUGUCCAAUAAACACUUUGAGAUUACUUUUUUGCAUUAAGAUUAUCUUAAUCUCAGUUACACAGUGACAUUCUCACCUUGAGCUGAAGUAGAAACAAAAGACGAUUUUUAACUUACUGGAAAUCUUUGCUUUGAAUGAACAACUGAAGUUCUAGUAAAGCUGUUUGUCCUCAGAGGGCCCAAGCAAAAAAUGAAUUAUGCUUUUAUGUAAAGGUUUAAAAAAGUUAACAGUAAAUUGUAGGUUAGAGAUGAAACGCAACACAUUUGUCCUAGCAAUUUGGAACAAAUGUAGAUAUGUCUGGCUCCCAUAACGACCAUACUCUGUAGGUGAAAACACAGCAUACAGUCAGGUCAGGCUGUGAACUCCAUUUCACAUUCAGAGCUGAGCAAGCACUGGAUUUCACCAAGGCCAAAAUUAAUGUAAUGCAUUCUGAAUAUUGAGGAAAAUAAUACAGCAUAUAUUAUUAUUAUUAUUAUUUUCUUCUACAUACAAGUGUUGGUUUUCCUCUUCUGUUCCAACUCCAGGAAGUGAUAACCUGAACAUUGGUUGCAGCUGGGGUCCUGGGUCUUCAACUUGUCAGGCAGAGGAACUGGUACAAUUGUCAUACCCCAUACAGGCAGAAGUAAUCAGAGAAAACAGGAAAGCCUCUUACCUGUCAUGAAAUGGAGGAAAACCCUCAAACUUGCAGAAGUGAUAAGCCUCAACACUCAUUUUGGUAAAACCCAAACCAAAUUAUAAUUUCAGGGGCUUUAAAAGAGCACAGAGUCAUGAAACUGCUGGGAUAACCCCUGACUGUCUCCGCUUUUCAUGUUCUGCUGCCCCUGCCAUUUCACGUAUCUAGCUGCUACAGGAGCACCUAGAGGCAGUAAGAAACCAGUAAUUUAGAAUCAGGUACAGCCACCACUGAGUGCACUAUCACUUAGGAAGAAUUUGCUGGGGGGGCUUCUUCACUAUGACAAAAAUAACGACUGUUACAUUGAUAUCUAAAUCGGACCACAUCAGACAAAAGCAACCAUCUCAUUUCUGACCACAAGAUUAACAAAACAGAAGUGGCCUGCUACGUGGUAUUUCCCAUGGUUAUGUGAAUAAGUAAAUAAAU